UGAGUAACAUUUGUUCAAUCGUCAAUGUGCGUUUACUGUUUUGUUGCGAAUUGCAAUCAAUUUUAAAAUUAAAACCUUGUACUAUUAAUGAAAUAAAACCAUUACUAUUCAACAAAUCAUAAAACAUGCCUAAGCUAGAAGAAAAACCCAAAGUUUUUCUAGAAGAAUUUCGCGUAAAGAAUGCUCCUGACGAUUAUGGGAUGGCAGAUGAAAAAUGGAGUUUCAAGAAAUUCUCUAAAAAAUUUCGUAUUGUAAUUGUCCGCAUGGACAAUUCAGAAAUGGAGUUUGACUUAAUUGGUAUCCAACCUGCCUUUUCAAAUGCAUUUCGUAGACUUAUGCUUAGUGAAGUACCAAGUAUGGCAAUUGAAAAAGUCAUGAUUAAAAAUAACACAUCCAUUAUACAAGAUGAAGUCUUAGCCCAUAGAUUAGGCUUAAUUCCACUUAAAGCAGAUCCAAGACUUUUCGAAUAUCGACCAGAAGAUGCAACUGAAGGGACAGAAUUUGACACGCUAGAAUUUUCUUUAAAAAUCAAAUGUACUACAAAUAAGUCACAGCCUAAGGAUUCUUUUAGAACAGAAGAUUUAUAUGAAAAUCAUAGUGUAUAUUCUUCAGCAAUUAAAUGGCACCCUAUUGGAAACCAAGCAUCUGUUUAUAAAGAAGCUGAUAUUGGCCCUGUACAUAGUGACAUACUUAUAUCAAAAAUGAGACCAGGCCAUGAAUUAGAUCUUCACUUGGUUGCAGUAAAAGGCAUUGGCCAAGAUCAUGCUAAAUUUUCUCCUGUUGCUACAGCUUCAUAUCGCUUAUUGCCUGAAAUAACAUUAACACGUGAAGUGAAUGGUAGUGAAGCAAGUUUACUCCAAAGUUGUUUUUCACCAGGAGUGAUUGGACUUGAUACUGAUGGCAGAGCCUAUGUUAGAAAUGCCAGAUACGACAGCUGUAGCCGGAAUGUAUACCGAUAUGAUGCAAUAAAAGAUGCUGUCAUACUUAGCAGAAUAAGAGAUCAUUUUAUAUUUAAUGUGGAAUCCGUCGGAGCUAUGACACCAAAUGUUAUAUUUGUUGAAGCAGUCAAAAUCUUAAGAGAUAAAUGUAAAACUUUGUUGGACGAAUUAAACAGUUUUUAAGAACA